ACACCGGGCCACCCAUCUAGUGCCACACGGUGCCGCUCAGGUAGCAAACCCGACGCAUCUGGGUCAAAACCCAUCCAACCUUCUUCAUCUUCCUCCUUUGCCGCCACCUUCCUACCACCUUUCCUUCUCCCGCCAGCGCCAUCUUUAGCUUUGUGGCUUCCCGCCCUUUUGUCUUUCUUCUACCGAUCUGUUUUAACUCCACUCAAGUUCUUACCACUAGUCCCCUCCAACUCACUGCCUAACUGACUACUGGCUGCCCAGCCACACAGUCCGGCCACUCUCCAUUCACUCCCUCCUUUUUCCUUGCCGCCGAUCUGUAUCUUUUAUCUCUUUCCAGUCUGAGACCCCUCGCCCUGAUACCCUCACUUCUUUUCUCCAAUUCUGUGAUUUGACUUCUCCCUCCCCCUCCCGAUCCUAACUUGACCAGACCACCGGUCCACGUCGCCUUUCCUUACACCGCGAACCCCUACGAAUACAUGCGUCGACACGGAAUCGCGACCUGAGCGCCUUGCCAAUUGACCUCGACAUUCUCAACUCCGCUGCUCUGAGCAGCGCUAGAGCUCGAGAAUAUGGCCUCCGCGCUCGAGAAGAACGAGCUCAAGGUUCAGGGCGUCAUCGAAGCUGCCCAGGAUCCCGAGACCAACGUGUCCGCCGAUGACGCCCAGAAGAAAAUCGUCGAGGAGUCCAAAAAGGCCGGCAUUACCGCCUUCACUUUUGACCCCGAUGCGAGCCCCGAGGAGAAACGCCGCCAAGCUGCCGCUGCUGUCCCAGCCGGCUUCCACUCGCAGCGAGCCAAGGGCAUCUCCAUCGUUACCGACGUAGCUGAUUCGAGCGCCCCCGUAGCCGACCUUCCGUCCCCAACCAAAGAAGGCGCCAUUGAACUUGCCAAGGACAAGGACGGGAAGCCCAUCAAGACUGGCGAGGAUCCGGAGGGCAACGAGGAGGAACCCUAUACACGAACCGGCUGGGCCCCUCAGUUCGGCUGGCCUGCCGAUGACGUGCACGAGGGAGCUAGUCUUCUGGACCAUUCUACCUGGCUUGAGAGUAACCUCCCCGACAAAUUCUACGGAGACUGGUACCACAAUGCUGCCAUCAUUGGCUUUGCCUGCAUCUCCUCCUGGCUGGUGGCUGUUUUGGGCGGUGGCCUGGGAUGGGUCUUUAUCCUCAUGGCUGCUUGCUCGACCUACUACCGUACCUCCAUUCGUCGGGUCAGGCGCAAUUUCCGCGACGAUAUCAACCGGGAGCUUUCCCUGAAGAAGCUUGAGACGGAAACCGAGUCCCUCGAAUGGAUCAACUCCUUCAUGCUCAAGUUCUGGCCCAUCUACCAGCCCGUUUUGGCCCAGACCAUUGUCAAUUCGGUUGACCAGGUUCUGAGUUCUGCCACUCCUGCCUUCCUGGACAGCCUGAAGCUCAAGACUUUCACCCUCGGCUCCAAGCCACCGCGUAUGGAGCACGUCAAGACGUACCCAAAAGCCGGCGAUGACACCGUCAUCAUGGACUGGAAGUUCAGCUUCACCCCCAAUGACACGGCCGACAUGACUUUUAAACAGAUCAAGAACAAGAUCAACCCAAAGGUCGUUUUGGAAAUCAGAGUCGGCAAGGCUAUGAUCAGCAAGGGCCUCGAUGUCAUCGUCGAGGAUAUGGCCUUCUCUGGCAUCAUGCAACUCAAGAUCAAGCUGCAGAUCCCCUUCCCCCACAUCGAGAAGGUAGAGAUGUGCUUCUUGGAAAAGCCUACCAUCGACUAUGUCUGCAAACCUCUGGGAGGCGAGACGUUUGGUUUCGAUAUCAACUUCAUUCCCGGUCUGGAGACUUUCAUUCUGGAGCAGAUUCACGGCAACUUGGCUCCCAUGAUGUACUCGCCCAACGUGUUCCCCAUUGAAGUUGCCAAGAUGCUUGCCGGUACCCCCGUCGACCAGGCCAUCGGCGUCCUUGCUGUCACACUCCAUGGCGCCCAGGGGCUCAAGAACCCCGACAACUUCUCUGGUUCUCCUGAUCCGUAUGCUGCGCUAACUUUGAACCGCCGCCAGCAGCUUGCCCGCACCAAGCACAUCAAGGACACUGGAAACCCACGCUGGAACGAAACUCAUUACAUUAUCAUUACUUCCUUCAAUGACUCCCUCGACAUUCAAAUCUUCGACUACAAUGACUUCAGAAAGCACAAGGAACUGGGCGUGGCGUCUUUCCCCUUGGACCAAGUUGAGGAGCUGGCUGUUCACGAAAACGAAAUUUUGGAAGUCAUUGCCGAUGGCAAGGCCCGCGGUCAGCUUUCAUGUGACAUCAGAUUCUUCCCGGUCCUGGAGCCCAAAAAGCUGGACGACGGUACCUUGGAACCGCCUCCUGAAUCCAACACGGGUAUCCUCAGAUUUACUAUAGAGCAGGCAAAGGAUCUGGACGGCACGAAGAGUCUCGUCGGGCUUCUCAACCCUUACGCGACGCUCCAUCUUAACGGUCGGGAUGUCCACCACACGAAGAAGCUCAAGCGAACCAACAAUCCCAUUUGGGACAACGGAUCCAAGGAAAUGCUCAUCACCGACAAGAAGAACGCCAAACUCGGGGUUACCAUCAAGGACGACCGCGAUCUCACCGGCGACCAGGUCAUUGGAAAGUACCAGAUCAAGCUCGAGGACCUGUUGGACUGUAUGGAGAAGAGCCAGGAAUGGUUCCACUUGGCCGGUGUCGCAUCGGGCCGCGUCAAGAUGAUGGCCCAGUGGAAGCCAGUUGCUCUUUCUGGCGUCGUGGCUGGAACUGGUGGCUACGUCACCCCCGUUGGUGUCAUGCGUUUUCACUUCAAGAACGCACGCGAUCUUCGCAACUUUGAAACCCUGGGCAAGUCCGAUCCUUAUGUGAGAGUACUUCUCUCAGGUAUUGAGAAAGCGCGCACGGUCACCCACAAGAACACUCUCGAUCCCGACUUUGACGAGGUCCUCUACGUCCCUGUUCACUCAGCGCGUGAGAGACUUACACUCGAGGUCAUGGACUCGGAGAAGAUGGGCAAGGACCGCAGUCUCGGUCUGGUUGAGGUUUUCGCCGGUGAUUACAUUUCGCAGACUGAAAACGGCGAGUACAAUGUUCAUGACACGAAGAAGGUCUUCCAAGGUGGUCUUCAGCUUCACGGCAAGGGCAUUGCGAAGGGUGUUUUGACCUACACGGUUUCGUUCUUCCCAUGCCUCAACGUCGCCGAUCCUGAAGACGAGGAAGAGCAGCAGGAAGCAGCGGCCGAGAAAGCGAUUGAAGAUGCACCCAGAUCUGCCGAGGCCGGCAAGUUCAACAGCUCCAUUGAGCAAAAGAAAGAGGGGACUGAACUGGAAAUCAGCCCGCCCAAGACUCCAGUUACUCCUGUGUCGCCUUCACUGCCGAGGAAGUCCAAGGACGAGAGUGGCCCGCCUAAGAUUCGCCUCUCUCCUCAGGAGCUUUUGAAGUACGAGUCUGGCCUCCUGAUAUUUAAGCUUAUGGAAGCAGAGAUGCCGGAGCACAACACGCACCUGGAGGUUUGGGUUGACGACAUGGCCUUCCCCUCGUACACUUCAUCGGCAGCCAAGCACAAGAAGCACGUGUUUGAGGAGAUUGGCGACUGCUUCAUCCGUGAGCUGGACUUCUCUCGUCUGACCCUCAAGGUCCGAGAGAAGGGCGACAAGGUUGAGGGUAGUGAGAAGGACAAGGACAACACUAUUGCCAAGCUGCAGGGCAACACCCUGGAUACGCUGAAGCAAUGCUUGAACAACCCGACCACUCUCAAGCUGAAAGACAAGGAGAACCGACCAAGCAGUGUCAAGGUUAGCCUCAAGUACAUCCCUGUCAAAAUGCAACUAGACCCGAGCGAGAGCAUCAACAACAUGGGGACCCUCCGUGUCGAUGUCUUGGACGCCCAGGACCUCCCGUCGGCAGACUCGAACGGCAAGAGUGACCCGUACUGCAAGUUCGAGCUCAACGGCGAGGACGUGUAUAAGACCAAGGUUCAGAAGAAGACGUUGCACCCUGCCUGGAACGAGUUCUUUGAGGUUCCCGUGCCUUCAAGAACCGCUGCCAAGUUCAAGGUCACCGUCUGGGACUACGACUUCGCGGACAAGCCUGAUUUCCUGGGAGCUGCCGAUAUCAACCUCGAGCAGCUGGAUCCCUUUAGACCCAGUGAGAGCCGUUUGCUCCUGGAUGGAAAGUCGGGUACAGUCAGAUUGAGGAUGCUCUUCCGUCCGUCCUACGUCACGCGAACUCGUCAGGGCACGUCGACCUUCUCUGGCACGUUUGCGGCGCCCGGAAGAAUCGUCACUGGUAUUGCGGGGGCGCCUAUCAAGGUCGGGAGCACAGUCGGUCACGGUGUGGGUAGGGGCGCAUCAUUCCUCAAGCGCGGCCUGUUCUCGCGAAAGGACGACGACUCAAACGAUGCAUCUUCAAGCCUCACUGAGAUCCCGACCAUCGUCGAGAACGGCAACAGCCCCCCUGCUCCGACACCCGGCCUUGGCCUCAAGCGAGCGACUGGCUUCUCUACCCCCGAUGGUAGCGAGUCCCCCGACACACGCCCAGGGACCUCCAACGGCCUAUCCUUGGGGCACACUCGCACAAAAAGCAACGGCGCUGCCUCGGUUCACAGCGUGACACCGGGUUCACCGGGCUCCGGCACCGCCUCUUUCACCGUGGUGUCUGCAACGGGAUUCCCUCCGUCAACUGACCUUUACAUCACAAUCAACCAGUUGGCGCCCAAGCCCAAGGUAAUCGGCAAGACCAAGCAUCACAAGGAUGCCACCGGCUUCUUCCGAUACAACGAGACUUUCAAGUGCACAUGCACCGCCGAUACCCAAUUCAAAAUCGAAGCGAAGGGCGAGCACACACUUAGGAGCGAUGAUGAUCUGGGCGAGGCCCUUUACUUCGUCGACGAUUCCGGAGCAGGAGGUGAGAAGGAGAUUAGGGUCGGAAGCGGCACGGUGGUAAUGAGGAGCACGUUUGUCCCCGCGGCCAGCGCCUUGGAGCCCGACAGCCCGAAGUCCAUCGUCCGCCGCAGCUUCAUGGGCAAAAGGGAGAGUCGCAGCAGGGAGGGAACCCCGAACUGAUGAGCGGCUCAGCCUAGCCUGGUCUCACAGCGCGGCAUAUUCGAACUCGGAUCGAUCUUCCUUGUCGUUUUUGUUCCCUUUGGUAAAAAAAGCCUUUCAUUGUGUUCAGAUACCUUGGAUGUUGCUAUUUGUUGGCAUGUUUCAUCCACUAAUGAGUCUUUUCCCUUUUCCUUGUCGUACAGGUGGGAUGGAGUCGUAAGGUUUGAGGAGGAAGGGUGGGUGGCGAACAUACACAGGCAGGCAGUACGUGUGCGUGGCAAUGGCUUGACUAUUUCGCCGUCCCGUUUGGCUUCUUGUAGGUAGGAUGCAAUUCAACGAUGUUCGAUCUAACUAGCUUUGUGUUUGUUUGGAUCAUGAGGUGAUGUCCGAUACCAUAUUCGCCACGGAGAGUGGCCCGAGAGUCAUGGCGCUGUAUUGCUAUCAAAGGUAGUUUGGGACAGGCACAGUUGCAUUGUAUGUAUAACUAUUU